AUGUUCACAAGUUACAUGCAACGCUCAUCGACGGCUACUCCGACGAUCGCCCAACCCUUGGGCCUCGAGAUCUCGAAGUGGAUUUGGACUGGGGAAAAUGCAGUACCCGCCGGUCCCAAUCCCCCCGGUUCCCGUGCAUUCCGCAAAACGUUCACGUCGCAAUGCGGGAAAUGUGCCGUUAGUGCAAAGAUCUUGAUCACAGCGGACAAUUCCUACAAGCUCUUCGUGAACGGAAACCCCAUCGGCACAGGGGCCAACUUCACCGACGCCGAAGUAUACUACGUCGCUCUGCAGCCGUCGUCAAACCUCUUCGCUGUUGAGGUCACCAACACGGAAGAGGGCCCUGCCGCACUCAUCGCCAGCAUCCUUGUCCAAUACUCCGACGGUUCUACGGAGACUGUCAUCACCGAUGAGACAUGGAGAAGGUUCCUCGGCUCUCCCAAAGGCUUCGAGCUCCCAACCACCACCGAUCUGAGCAAGUGGGGCUUCGCUACUUUCCAGGGCUUGUAUGGUGUGGCACCCUGGGGAAAGACGGUCGUGCCGCCCGCAUUGUCGGUCAAGGACGCUGUGGUCAUCUGGACGGGGAAGUUUGACAACAAGACUGGUGUCGCGCCAACGGUUGCACGGGCUUUCCGGAAGACAGUCGUGACGCCAGGGUGCACGAAGCGCGCCGUCAGCGCGACAGCCGUCAUCUUUGUUGACAACCAAUUCAUCUUCUACAUCAACGGCGCGGUGGUUGGCUCCUUCGCUAGUUGGCGCGAGGCCAGGGUCUACCAUAUCCAGGUCCUCGACCCCGACGUUAACGUGUUCGCGCUCAACGGCAAAAAUACCGGAGGACCGGCGGCAUUCCAGGGCGUAAUCCAAAUCCUAUACGACGAUGGAACGUCCGAUACAAUCGUCACCGACACCACGUGGAAGGCCCAAGAAAAGGUGACCGCAGGUUUCGAGUCCCCCAAGUUAGACGACUCGAAAUGGGUCAACGCAACAUCAAUGGGGCGCGCAAUCACGUACAGAGUUCCUUCGGCGUAG